AUGAUUAGAGGUAUCACCACCACCUCAAGUACCUACAUUGAAAAGGAAGGAGGAGUACGUGAGGAGAGUGAUGAUAGAAUGGCAGGAGUAUUUGGUAUGGGUGUAUUGGGCAUGGGUGAAAAUGUUCUUGUUUGGUUUCCAAUGCAUUCUUGUGUUGAUCGUAUUUAUGUUGCAUCGAUUUCAAGUAAUCUUUCAUAUUAUCGAUUGAUCCCAAUAAUGUAUCUAUCGAUGUUUCAAUGUCUAGACAACAACAAUAAAUAA